AUGGAUAAACUAAGUAAAUCAGUUGAAGUUAUAAAAUUACUUUCAACAACAAUAUCAGAAACAUUAAGUAUCAAAGGUAACAAUGAAAAUGAUUAUGAUGUACCAUUGACUGUCGAAGAAAAUCUUAAUCAACUUGUUCAAGUAUUAGAAAAGAAUUUUUUCUAUAAGUUUUUAUUAAUUAUAAAACAUUAUCCUAAUGUUGGACCAAAAGCUUUAAAAGGUUAUUUUUUUUUAUUUGACUUAAAUUUAUAA